GUGCGGUGUGGUGCGGUGCGGUGCGGUACGGUGCGGUGCGGUGCCCAGUGCUAGUGCUGCUGAUAACAAAUGUUCUCAAAUACUUGUGCCACGAGAACUUAUUAUUUUAUGUGUCGUUUUAUAAAAUUUGUUUCCGCAGUAUUUGAGUAAAGGUAUGAAAUUUAAAUUAAUCGAAAAUGGAUAAAUCAAAACAUAGGACCGGAAAGAAAAUGGAUAAGAAUAACUGUAAAGAAAAAUCACCCCUGUUUGUGUCGGAUGUUAAAAACUUAAAAGAAAAUCUCAAAAUUAAAGAAAUUUUAAGAACUGUUAAAAUGAAUAGCAGUAUGCGAUUAAAAUCACCACAGAACAACAAAGCAAUGAACAAUAAAGACUUAAACGACAACCAUGAUUGUUUUGAGAGGUGUUCGCAAGAACAACAAGAUCAUAUGGUAGAUGAAUUAAAUCCAAGUGCAACAAACCAUAAUGUCAUCACAUCAACAUUAAAUGUAGAUACAGAAACGAGUGAUAACGAUUUACAAAAUAAUGAGGGCAUCAAGGUCACUAUUUAUGAUGUAUCAGACACAUGUACUGAAAGCAAUGAUAGUUCAGUGUCAUACGUGUUAUCAGAAAAUUGUAGUGAAUCUAAAGAAUCGAAAAUCAAUGAUGAAAAAACUGAAACUAAUAACAAUGCUAAUGAAGUAACCUCUUCACGGAAACCAAUUAAUAAUAUAGCAGCUUUGAAACCAAGAGAUAGAAAACUUUCAUUAGAUCAAACAAUUCUAUCAAGACGCUCAGGCUUAUCACAAUCAGAAUUAGAUUUAAAUUUAAUUGGUAAAUCUCCAUUAGAACGCAAAUCUUCGUUCUUUAGAAAAAAGAUGGACAAUUUUCUUAAAAAUACCACAGAAAUAUUUAAAAGACAAUCUCAAUGUGGUAAAUCACAACCUACAGAGAGAAGAGGGUCCAAGUCGAUUUCUUUACAAUCUCUUACGGACAAAUCUUAUCCUAGUAAUGGUUACAACAACGACAGCACUUUACAGAUUCCACAGGAAAUUAGAAACAGCGCAACAAGUCUGUCCACAAUGGCGCGAAGUUCGUCGAUGGCGAGCAGCAUAAGUCCCGAGGGAGUGGAACAAGACAGCCCAUCCGACAGUCAAACGAUCUUGUUUACGAAUCAGCCACUUGGAGAUUACUCUUCAAACAGUGUUAACAAUUUGAACGAGCCGUAUGCACCAGAUUCGCUUUUGAAAUCCCGAGCAAUAUCAAUGAGCUCUGGUUUAGACGCACCGCAGGGGAGACUGCGACGGAAAGCAUCGAAAUCUAACAGAGUCACGUGGCUAGCAAGCGAAGGUCUAACGAACUACUUCAAACGGGUGAUGCAAGAUGAAAAGAGUCGAGAGGUGCAAUCGUGCCACUCGUACCAGGACUUUUCGAGCAUACCCGAGCAUGCAUCGUACGGGCCGACAACUGACAGCAAGGGACGUCGGUUGUCGUACCAACGUGCGGUAUCAGGGGAAGAUCCUGUUCUACCGACGAGGUAUUUCGAUUCAUCACAGAGGAGAAAAAAUUUCAUACCAGAACAUCGAGUGCCAAACUUCGAGCUGGAAGCCAAGCUCGAUGAUUUCACAUUACACGGGGUGCCGCCUCUUCAUGGCUUCGCGGCUAUCACCAUCCCAGACCAGUCUUUGGAAUACCUACAUUGGGCCGAACGGCCUGAUGAAAUGCAGCGGUAUUACGAGAAAUGUAAUUUAUCGCCGUCCGAGGAGUCGCAGCAGGCUGUCAUACGCGAGCUCGUUAACACAGAGGCUGAUUACAUCAGGCACCUCAAAUCUCUUGUUGAGGUGUUUAUGGCGGCAGCACACGCUCUUCAAGAGUCUAGUUUUAUGCUAGAAGUCGACACACAACGACUUUUUUCGAACAUUCCGGACUUGUAUAAUGCCAGCCUUGAGUUCUGGAACGCCACAUUCUAUCCUAUGAUCUUGGACAGCGUAGAAACUGGCGGACCAUUGAAACCGGAGCUAAUGUAUGAAGGUUUUCACAAUAUCGAAGAUUACUUUCAAUCAUACGAGACAUAUUUAAUGGACCAAUCAAGAGCCGUUGAAUAUCUUCGGUCUCUCGCCGGUAAUACGGAAUUUAUGUCAUAUCUAUCAUGGUGUCAUAAACAGAAGGAGAUCAACCGACUCCAACUGGCAGACAUGUUGGCAAAACCAAUGCAACGUAUUACUAAAUAUUCGUUAAUUAUAAACAGAAUACACCAUUAUACUGAAAAAGACACGGCACGUGAACUUAUUAAUUCUAUGGAAACAACUGUUAAAAGCUUCGUGCAGCAUAUCAACCGCUGCAUACGACAACGCGAAGAAAAAGAUAAAAUUAUGACGAUGUCUAAUUUAAUAGACGCAUAUGAGUUGGAAUUUAAAGACGAGGAAAUGGAACGAUGUUAUAGACUGUAUUACCAAUUAGAUCUUCAGGCCCCGAUGAUCCACGUAAUACAGGACAUAAAUAGAUGUGUGGUAUUCAACGGGGACCUGCGAUUCAAAGAUAACACCAAUAAAGAGAUUGACGUUCGAGUUUUUUUAUUCACGGAUAUGAUGCUUAUUUGCAAAAAGAUGCCUAAAGGCAGCCCAUAUAUGUACAAAAUGAUAAGACCAAAGUACAUGUUGGACCGUUUACACUUUUAUCCUAAGUACAGCCGCGGCACCAAAGAAGUGGUAGCUUUAGUGUUUGUUGCCGUCGAUGAUUUUCAUUCAUCUUACCAUAGUUUUAUAUUAUCAGAACCCUCUAAAGAGGAAAAAACUCAAAUCGCACAUAAAACAAGUUUACUCCAAACUUGGGAUCACAAAAUAAAGGAAGCCAAAAUAAGCUACGAACUUGUUAUUAUUUACGGCCAUCGAAAAGAAGGCGUACCAGAUUCCGCCGAAUCUUCCUUAAAAUUGAGGAAGAUGACUCCAGAAGAGAUAGCCAUUGAGAGGGAGGCUCGAGAGUGGGCAGCAAUCAUGCUGCACGGCAGAAUGACGAGGAACCAAGAGUACGACAUGAUGAACAUUCCGGAGGACACAUUUCAAAUAACUGAAGCCAUACUCGCUGGCAACAUAGACGCAGCACGCCGCUGGCGUAAUCCUGUCCUCCGUAGAUACUCCUCCACCACCGUUGGGAGCUCCCGUACAUCCCGCAUGUCUAGUCUCCAAAAGUCUAUUAGUGCCACGUCACGCGACGAACCGCAGCCAAGUACCAGCAGAGGACUGUACUGCCUGAGCGACUCCAUUGAGAUUCCUUUUGAAAAAUUGGAAUCCGAAGAUACAUUCAAUGAUGACAUAUCGGAAGAUGAGGAUGCCGAGUCACCACUACCGUUGUCGCUGUUACCACCACCAUAUUUAUCGCCUCAGAUAAGCCGAUCUCCCGUGCUUCAACCUCCGGCUCUGCAGCAACCGGUAAUAAGGCCAGAGGUGAUUUACCAAUUAGCGCUACAACCAUCGAUGAUACACGAAGCGAUAAUCAGAGGACCAAACAUCCAAGAUCCGAUUAUGCCUCUGUCAAUAAUGGAGGAAGAAAUUCCUUCGCUGGUGGUAGAACCUUUGUAUCAGCCACCAGAAAUAGUGGAACCGGUCAGAAUAUCUAUAGUUGAGGAACCACCUUUGCGACGUGUCGUAAUUUCGAACCCGGUAGUCCAGUCCACAGCUAAUCGGGUGCACUGUAAUCCGAGACCACCAUCGGAGCUGCAGAUAACCCAGCAACCAAAAAGUCAGCAUUUGAUUACCCAGCAAUCGAUGGCUGUUGGUAUUCCGAUACCGAUUCCGGUACCAUUUCCUUUACUACCCAGUUUACGCGGUGACGCCGCAGUCCUCAGCCGUGAUUCUGAAGACUCCAAAGGCAAGAAAGGUCGUAGCAUUCACGUUCCACGCGCCAAGAGCGUUCAAAGCAGUCGUAGCGCCCAAAUUCAACAUGUCCAACGAUCUAAGAGCGUACAAAGCGCACAUAGUACUCAAUUCCUCCAGCAUUCAGAACGAGCUCAGAGCGCUAUGAGCGAUUACAGUGCUAGGAGUACCCAAAGUGAGCGUGUAGGCCAUAGGAAGAACGGCCGUGGAAGACGGGGUAAAAGAGCUGCAAGCGCCAGCCCGAGCACGCUGCGAGUGAUGCCGCCAGGUGACGGAAUGACAUCGAUGCUCAGCUUACCUGAUUUGACAGUAGAACCUCCAAGUCCACGACAUCCUCCUAGCCCGCAAUCGGCUUCAGAGCAGAUGUAUCAAACGCAUCAGGAGCAAUUGCUGCGAAACAGGGCAGCAGCUCAGCAUCAACUCUUCUUAAGCCCCGACCACCGAGGCACCAGCUAUCCCCCCACCAGUCCCAGCAGGUCGAGUUUGAGACGUGGAUUGGCGUUUUCAUAUUCCACUAAGCACCCACCUCUUACAAAGAUGAGAAAUGUAACCAGUCAAACUAACCUCUUAGAAAUUAUUCUACCAUCAACAAGUCGCACGAGCAGGUCGUUGGAGGAAGAAAGUUCAGACUCUAAUUAUGAUGAUGAAUUUGAUAGCGAAGUUGAAGAUGGUAGUCCAGCCCAAGAAGAAAAACGUAAUUUUGAAGAUAAAAUUCAGUCUUCGGACUGA